GGGAUAAUCGCCCCCACCGUUAAGGACACCAAGCUACUUAGGCAGAGUGAAGGCUUUGCAGUUUUAAUCAGUCGUAGGCUGUUUAUCUCCCACUCGGAGCGCUCUCGGUGCUUUUCCACGUGUACCUGGAUUCUCAAUGAAUUACACUUGGCUUCUGCAUAUGUUUAUUUUUUUAAAGACAGGUGGCGGAUUAUGUGGUGGGUGUCAUUUUUCUUUCUAAUUGGGAAGGCCUGAAGAGGUUUUUGCUUUUUUUUUGUGUGUGUGUGUGUGUGGGGGGGGUCUUUCUCUUAAGCCCUGUCCUCUUCAAAGCAUUGUGUUGCUCUGGUAUCAUGUGUAGCCAUGAACAAUCACAGGUAUGCAAUCUAUACAAUGGUUGUCUCUCACAUCAGGGGAAGAAGUGCAGAGGAGAAACUCAACUUCAGUGGGAAAAGCACUGCUUUACGGCUCUCAUGGCAGUUUUCUUUGCAUUGCUUUCAGGAUUUUAACUUUCAUGUCCUAGUUUUAGUCAGAUUAGUCUACUUGUGAUGCUUUUGUUGUGUAUGUCACGGGAGAUUUGUCCUAGUUGUUUUGCUGCGCCUCAAUUUUACGCAUUAUAAAAAGCAAUAUUUUUGGUUUUUUGAUUUUCUGUCUGCAGGAAAUUAGAUGAAACCUUGUCUGCACUUAAAUUGCACCAAUUGCCUCCGGGGGUUUUAUGUAAUUUGAGCUGUUGCCUUUUGUAUUGACAGAAUCCAUGCUGGCUGCCUCUAUUUUCUUUGUCUCUGCAUGAACUCCGAUUUAGCGGGAGUUCAUUUCUCAGAUCUGCGUGGUGUAUUUUGUAGUUAUCUUUAGGCAAACAUUCGAAACUGUUUAGGGCCUCGUACAUUUACUGCUGAAAGUGAAUGUGUCCCUCAAGUGCUAAUCAUUGUAAAAACAGUGAGCUCAUUUGUUGAAACACGAGGAGGGGGAAGAAAUGGUAAUGUUAGGAAAAAAAGUUGAUGGGGGAAAAGUGUUUGAUUUUAUUUCGUUUUUCCCCUGGAGGACAACAACCACCAAUCAAAAAGCAACACAACACCUGCUCUCACAUUGGGGAAAAUCUCACAAGUGCUGGUAUGAACAUUAUUAAGACCACCAUAACUCACUAACAGCGGGAGGAAAAGGGCUGAAUAUUAAGCAACCUGUCUGGUUCCUGGAUCUCUCAUUGAGGGCAGAAGCAGAGCAGCGCAGGAGUUUUUUCCCAGCUCUCUGCAGGCUGCGGGGUCAAAGUCCAAACAGUUUCCCUGUAAUAGUGCUGCGCAGCCAGCUGGGCGGGAGAGAAAGACCGCUUACAGGCUUCCCCUAAUGGGCCACAGCUAAAAAGAAAAGAUGUCGGCUACCCUACCACCGAGGAAUGUCACCUCUGUGACACUGUUAUCAUUCAGCUUGUUCUUUGUUUUUGACACUAUGGCCACUUUCUCACAGUUGUUGCUGGGAACUUCCAUGUCACGACAAGGAUGAUUUUGACUUAACGGGGAUGUGACUGAGUCAUUUGUUCAACGUUGAUCACUUGUGUAAUAUCUAAUCUGUUAUUUAUCACAUCUCUCUCUCUCUCUCGGUGGCAUCGACCGUACGAUGCGCACGGCUGAGCUUCUGUCGGGGUCAGAGUCCUCUUGGGACCACUGCUGGGAGCAUGGCGGACUUUAAUUGGGUGCGAGAAGAUCCAGAAUGCUGAGAAGAGGAUGAAUCCUUCAGGUCAUCUGAGACAUCCACGUGUCUUUGCCGCUGUCCCUCCCAGACAGCCCUCUCGUCCCACUGGGGCACCAUCUGCCUCCCCACGCUCCCCCCUUGCCCCUGCCCGGGUCCCUCCCCCCUCCCCUAACCCCCAGUAGUGACCAUCCCAGAGGCGAGGAAAGGCGAGCCAGCCCCUGUAAAUAUGCCUGGAUGGAGGUCUCAGUGGCGUCUCGUCCUGCUGAACUCCCUGACCUGUGGCCUGGAGAUCUGUGUGGCAGCUGGGAUCACAUACGUGCCCCCACUGCUGCUGGAGGCUGGAGUGGAGGAGCGCUACAUGACCAUGGUGCUGGGUAUUGGCCCAGUGCUUGGCCUCCUGUUCAUCCCCCUGAUUGGCUCAGCCAGUGACCACUGCAACAGCAGCUACGGCAGACGACGGCCUUUCAUCUGGCUGCUGUCUUUGGGAGUCCUGCUUGCCCUUGUCAUCAUUCCCCACGCUGAUGUACUGGCUGCACGCCUUGCCUGGGGUGGGCGCACCCUCCAGGUGGGCUUCCUUAUCCUUGGCGUGGGGCUCCUUGACUUUUGUGGACAGGUGUGCUUCACACCGCUGGAGGCUCUUCUGUCGGACCUGUAUCGGGACGAGGAGGACUGCGGCCAAGCCUUUGCCAUGUUCUCCUUCAUGGUCAGCUUGGGAGGCUGUGUGGGCUAUUUGCUACCCGCACUGGACUGGAGUCGCGGCCUGCUCUCCGUUUAUCUGGGAGGCCAGGCCGAGUGCCUCUUCUCCCUUCUCAUCCUCAUCUUUAUCUCCAGCCUGCUAAUCACCAUGAAGGUGUCUGAGGAGCCCUUGUGUGCCAACAGUGGCUUGGCAGGGUCUGGAUCGUUACUGGAGACGGGGGCUGGUGCGAAGGAGGCCGGCCGGUGCGGCGUGCCGCGCUCAUGCUGCUACCUGCUGAAGUGCAAACUGAGGCUGCUGAAGUCUGGACCCCUGCUGUGCCUGCUGAGAACAUGCUGGUCCAUGACCCCGGCCAUCUACAGGAGCUACUGCCAUGUCCCCCGGGUGAUGAGGCAGCUGUGUGUGGCUCAGCUCUGCAGCUGGAUGGCUGUCAUGUCUUUCAUGCUUUUCUACACAGACUUUGUGGGGGAAGGCCUGUACGAGGGCGUGCCCAGUGCAUUACCAGGAAGUGUGUCCAGGCAAAGAUACGAUGAAGGUAUCCGUAUGGGCAGUCUGGGCCUGUUCCUGCAGUGUGCUACCUCAACCUUCUUCUCCCUGGUCAUGAGUCGUUUGGUUCGCCAUUUUGGCUCACGGUGGGUCUACCUGAGCAGCAUGGUGAGCUUCACAGUCUCUGCUUUGGUCAUCUGCCUGUCCAAAAGUGUAGUCCUUGUUACCGUCAUGGCUGCACUCACCGGCUAUGCGUACGCCACACUGCAGACUCUGCCCUACACACUCACCUGCCACUAUCACAAGGAGAAAGAGGUCUAUAUGCCAAAAAAGAAAACCAAAAGCGUGCAUAAAAAUGGUAUUACAACCAAGCGGGACUCGGUUUAUUCGACUCCAGUGGAAGAGGAGGGCGGACUGAACCACAAAACGGGAACUCCCUUUGGGAACGCCUUCUUCGGCCAGGACAGUUACGAGUACUACCCCGGUCCACACGGCCAGAACGGCUCAUCUCACAGCUCUGGUGGCGCCGAACAGGAGGAGGCCGAGUCGGGGUUUGAGAAACGUGGUGUGGGUUUGGACUUUGCCAUCUUAGACAGCACCUUCCUCCUCUCUCAGGUUUUCCCCACCCUCUUCAUGGGCAUGAUCGUUCAGUUCGCACAGUCCGUCACUGCCUACAUCGCCUCCUCUGCCAUCUUCGGUGCUGUCGCCAUCUACCUGGCCAGUCAAAUCAUCUUUGACCAAAAGGACCUCAAAAGCUGAGACUUGCAUGCAACAGAUGUGGGACUGAUGGAAUCGCCAAUAAUCAAUCAGUCAUUCAGGUUCCUCGGGUGGAACUCAACAAUGCACUACUGUUUCCAGAAUGCCUUGCUCUAGUACUUUGUGUUUGCUCUGCGUUGGGGAAAGUGUUGUCUAUGUUAGAGCAGGAGUUGUUACCUGCCACCUGAGGAGUCACCACCCACUGUGUCCUCAGGUCAGGUAUGGUACUCUCUGUACCUAUCUCUCAAAGUAUCUCUCAAAACUUUUUUUUUUUUGUUACAUCUUUUUCUGUCCAUCGUCUUUUUCCUCAGGUACCACAAAUAGAUUUACUGUAGAACUCAUCAACCUCACAUACUAACCUUAUGGGUUUUUUUAUGGUCUUAUCCUGAGCUAUCCACAAAUUUUGGUCUGUUUUUAACUCGAAAACAACACGUCAAACACAGUCUCAUAAACUCACCUUACAGAGACCGGCCUGUCCUUCUUCACAGCGGCAGCAUGAAUAGAUUAAUGCAUUCUUUCUACCCAUUCAGAAAAAUCAAAUAGGGACCAUUGGACUUGGCCAUCCGGGAUGAAAAACACACUUGCCGGGGUGCUCCACUGAUUUAGUAUUGCUACUCUGUAAAGUUAGUGGACUUGCAAGACGCAGAUUUAAGAAAAGAAUGGUCAAACUAUCUUUGUUUCGUUAGUCCCUUGACUGGAUCUUACACUUGCCCUUAAUACAAACUCUGUAUUACUCCAUAAUCUCAAGUCUAAGGUUGGAGAGGGAUUUGGUCACAAAACGGUCCAGACGGAGGAAACACGAGGUAGCCGCCAUUCGCACGCAAACACGUUGUUAAAAGCGAGUCUAUCUCUGGCCUAAGUCCGUAGAAACCUGAUGACGUCACUAUGACAUCAUCAGGGCUCCUAUAAAGCUCCUCGAGAGCCGCUGAGGAAAUUACACAACAGUUUCCACAGACUCUCUGUUGCUAGUAAACUGACUUUAUGUGUAAGAUCGGUGGAGUACCCCUUUAAAAACUUUAGCUGUACUCUGAUGUUGGCCCAGCUAGUGUCAUCUAUUAAUCAAUGAACAGUUUCACUGUAAAUAUUUUGUAUACAAAUUUACUGUAUAUCCCUAUGGGAAUUUUGUUAUGCAACCUGUUGAGGUGAGGUUAUCGACUGUGGUGACUGAAGAAUGAAGCCGUUUACUGGAACUGGAAAUAUUAGCUCUAUCAAUCUAUCUAUCUAUCAAUCAACAGCAGUCUGGUCUAGUGGACUGCUCAUCCUGCCCAACUAUCAGGACAGUCGUCUCAGGUUAGUAACUCGUUUUAGCAUCCCAUCCUGUCCUCAUGCCACCGAUGAAAACACUUUCCCUGCUGCCUAAACCUUCAUGUUUUACUGUAUCUUCAAAUGACAAUCUAGGACGUCCAUAUGGGCUUGUUAUGUAAUGUAAACAUGUAGGGUCAUCUCUGUUGGAAGCCCACUUCAUAGCACCCAUUCCUGAAAGACCAAAAAAAAAAAAAAAAAAAAAGAAAGAAAGAAAACGUAAUGCAGUAAAUAGAAAUCUUUUGGUUACUGAAAAUGAUGCGAGAGUAGGCACUGUGUAUGGAAGCUGAAGGACGAGCUGAGCUGAGGUGUGAUUGUGUGUAUGUGUGUAUACAUAACAUGGAGGACAGACGGCGAGAAAGCAUGAGUAAUAUGUGAGUGUGUGCGGUUUUUUUCACAGAGAAACUGCAUCGACUUUGGCCCAUGUGAUGCUGUCUGUUACGAUGCACUGCGGCCUUCAGGUUGGCGUAAACACAACGCUCGCUUCACAACCGCUAAGUGAGUUCAUUUUAAGCGUUUCGUAUCAAGGUUGUCGGAUCCUACACGAGGGGAAAAGAAUUAGGUUCAGCAGAUACAAGUAGUCCUGAAGGAUCUUAUUGCCUGAGGCGUGCUCAGCAUGUGAGGAAAAACAGCAGAGGAUUUGUUUGUCAUGUUGACAACACUCGAGUAAAUGAAUUAUCUUUUUCACCCUGAAAUGCACAGAAAAAAAUAUUGCCUAGAAGUAGCUGAGAAAAAAAAAGUGUUUUUACAAGUGCCUGUACAUUUUUAAAACAUUUUCUUUGUACAUAUGUAUUUAUUUAUGCUUUUAUUACAAAAAUAGCACGUAUUAAUUAAACUAUUGGCCUCUUUGGCAUCUUUUAACAGGUGCGAGGGUGAAGGCUGUUUCUGUGAAAAAGAUAAAUUAUUUGUAUAGAUGUGGUUUAGAAACAUCAUCAAAGCUAUAAUUUAUUUUAACAUUACCCACUUUAUCCUGUAGCUUGCUAUAACGUCACAGAGCCUAUAGCUGAUGUCUGCUGUCAGUAUGUAUCGCAUAAAGGGUAUCACAAUUUGCCCCCUGUGGUCACAUCCAUGUAGCCUGUAUCAGCUGAAAACAUUUUUCCUGUCACACAACUGAGAUGUUUUGUGUUGUUGUUUUUUUCUGGACCUCAUCAUUUUGUCAAUACUGCUAUCUGGUUCUUAUAUAACCACUCGUUUUCUUCUUAUCAGCGAUCUGUUUUAUGGUUAAAGUUAUCAGAUAAACACUGAAGAUAUCUUUUAACUGGACGGGUGGAGUUGCUUUCAGCCCACAUUGUGCUCAACCAAAUGUUUAAUUUCAGACAAAAAAAAAGUGCCAAUGGUCCGACUAUGUUAAGGCCAGACGUCAUUGUGUUCAUAAGUGAUUGAUCAGGUUGUUUUUUUCAUCAGUUUCUUCAGUUUCAUUGUCAUAAUGUGUUCAGCCAUAACAAAAACUUGUAUUUCAUUUUCCUUUAUACAUCCAUCAGAUUAUGUAUAAAUAUGCAGUUACCAAAUAGAUUUUAUACAAAAUAAAAGAACUGCAUUGUUAA